AUGGCGGCGCGCGCAACGCCCAUCAGGGCAUCGGAACUUUCAAGCACCUACGACUACAACGUGGCCUUGGGAACAUGCCGAAAAGCAGCAGCUUGGGAGACGGCGCUCCAGCUGACCGAGACUCUCCAGACCCAGAAGGUCGAAGCGGACGUGGUCACGGCGAACAGCUGCCUCGGUACUCAGGCGCAAGGAGCGAAGUGGCAGAGAGCGGGAGCACUGCUGCAGAAGGUCUUCGAGAGUCGGCUGAAGGCGGAUGUCAUCACUUUCAGCAGCGCCAUCAGCGCCUGCGAGAAGGGUGGGAGCUGGGACACUGCCGUGCAGCUUCUGGCGGAGAUGGGCCAAACGCAGGUUCUGCCAAACGUUGUCACCUACAACAGCACAGUCACUGCGCUCGCCCGGGGUGGGUGGUGGCGGCUGGCUCUGCAGGUCGUGGGCGACCUGCGGAAGCAACGAGUGGAGCCCGAUGUCAUCACUGUCAGUGCCGGGGCAGCGGCGACUGAGCUGGUCGGCGAGUGGUGCGCGGGCGCCGAGCUUCUCAGGUGCAUGAUUGGGGACACCAUCCAGCUGAACAGCUUCGCCCGGAACAGCAUCAUCAGCGCUGCCGCCAGCGCAGUUUGUUGGGAGGCGGCCGUUGCAACGCUUCAGGGGUGCCGGCCUGCUGCUGAUGCUUUUAGUUACAGCGGAGCAAUUACUGCCUGUGCCAGAGGCAGAGCUUGGCAAGCGGCUUUCCGGCUGCAGCGGCAGCUGCUCGGCUCCGGAGUGGUGGCAAACGAGGUCACCUGGAAUUCAGUCAUCGGCGCCUGCGAGACAUCGGGGCUCUGGCAGUCUGCCCUGGAGCUCUUGGGGAUCAUGCGGGACAACGAGGUCCAGCGCACGGUCGUGAGCUUCGGCUCCGCCAUCGGGUCUUGCGAGCAUGCGGGGCAAUGGCGCAUGGCCCUGCAGCUGCUUCUGGACAUGCUUUCAGUCAAGAUCCGGGGCAGCGCCAUCAGCUUCAACAGUGCGAUCAGCGCUUGCAGCAGAGGCGGCCAGUGGCGCAAAGCCAUAGCUGUGUUGCAGUUCAUGACCGAGGUGCCCGUGCAUCCGGAUCGAGUGAGCUACAACGCGGCCAUCUCCGCUGCGGCUGUGAAGGGCAAAGUUAAGGUCGCCCUGAGGCUGCUCGCCUCCCUCCGCCAAGCGGGCCUUCCGGUCAGCGCUUCGGCCCUGAGCGCGGCGGCCGCCGCUUGCGAUGCGGCGGGGAGGCAUGGCUCAGAGUGGUCUCUCGCCCUCCACCUCUUCGGAGAGUUUGGCCGACGCCGUCUGCAGCGAAGCAUCACAUUACAGCAGACUGCCGCAAGCGCCUGCCAGAAGGCUUUGCAGUGGCAGCGAACACUCACGGCCUGCAGUGCCUAUAAGCAAGUGCAAGGGCAGGCCGACUUGCCCUUGCACAACCUUGAAGUCGUGGCGUGUGAAGCUGGGGGGAAGUGGCAGCAGCUCCGACGAGUGCUGCCCGUACUGGACGAUCGGGCGUUUCACUUGGUUUCAAGCCUUGCGACCCGGUGUGCGUAA